CUGGAGCUGCACAGACAUACCUAACUGCAAGGCAGAACAAGCGGCUGUGUGCACGGUCACCACAUGUGAAGUCACAGAAACAGUGAAAAAGAGACGGAAGGUGUGCACUUCAGGACGAUUGUGUGGAAUUUCUUCAGCCAGAGCCGCAAUCGAUAUUUGGAUACUUUCUAUUUUGUAUUCGUGGGCAAGCCGAGAAUAUGUUACUUUUGUUUAUUGGAAAGUGGGUCGCACGGUGGCUAUGAACCGCACGGAGUUUCUACCCAGUGACGAGAGCGCCGGGGAAGUGGCGUUCUCUUAGGAAGUCACCGCAUAUCCUGGAUGAAGCUCUUCCAUUCCGUUGCGAAAUCUGGAUUUACAAGGAGCCAGGGGAGUGAUUCUGUUUUUUGCGCUUUUACGUUUUCCCUCUGUAUCUGUGUUGUGGGGUGGGGGGGUGGGUGUGUGUUCUUAGUUUCCUUCUUCCCUUCCUUCUCUAUCCUUUUCUCUUGUACCCCUUUCCCCACUUUCCUGCUACCCCCUUCCUGUUUAGAAAGUUGUGCAAAAUUCCUUUAGUGACCACCGAAACAUGGAUACAGUUGUGAGACCUUUCCAGCCCCAUCCAGGACUGCAACAGACUCUGAAACAGUUCCACCUGAGCUCCAUGAGCUCCCUCGGCGGGCCCGCGGCGUUCUCGGCUCGCUGGGCGCAGGAGAUGAUGUUCAAAAAGGACGGAAAGGACCCUGAUCCACUAGUUCUGCCACCCAUGCAGCCACCCCCAGUGGUGCCCGCUGGUCCUUUCUUCAUCCCUUCCGACCGCUCCACUGAGAGGUGUGAGACGGUGCUGGAAAGCGAGACUAUCUCGUGCUUCGUGGUCGGUGGGGAGAAGCGUCUCUGUCUGCCUCAGAUUCUCAAUACGGUUUUGCGGGAUUUCUCCUUGCAGCAAAUAAACUCAGUUUGCGAUGAACUGCACAUUUACUGCUCCCGCUGCACAGGCGAUCAACUGGAGAUCCUCAAAGUCAUGGGCAUUCUGCCCUUUUCGGCGCCCUCCUGCGGCCUCAUCACGAAGACCGACGCCGAGCGUCUGUGCAAUGCCCUACUAUACGGGUAUAGCUACCCUCCCCGCAGCAAGAAAGAAGCGGGCGUUCCCCCAGACCUGGAACUCACAGAGCUGAGCUUCAAGGUGUACCACGAGUGUUUCGGCAAGUGCCGUGGGCUCUUUGUACCCGAACUGUACAGCGGCCCCAACGCGCCGUGCAUCCAGUGCCUAGACUGCCGCCUUAUGUAUCCUCCGCACAAGUUCGUUGUUCACGGCCACAAGGCGCUGGAGAAUAGGACCUGCCACUGGGGAUUUGAUUCGGCCAACUGGAGGGCAUACAUCCUUCUGAGCCAGGAUUACACAGGCAAAGAGGAGCGAGGCCGCCUGGAGCAACUGCUGGAGGGCAUGAAGGAGAAAUUUGACUUCAGCAACAAGUACAAGAGAAAAGCUGCUCUGGCCUCUGAUAUAAUCCCACCCAAGAAGUCUAAAGAAGAAGAGCCAAGUUUACAGCCUUCAACAGCAGACAAGGAAAAGCAAUCUGACUGGUUACAUUCUUUGUCUUCCACAGCUAAUAAGGGCAUUAACUGUAUACACCCUCGUCAGCGACCAUCAGCAUUUCGACCAUGGUCCCCCACAAUUUCAGGCAGUGAGAAAGAAAACUCUUCAGGGCGAGACAGCUUAUAUCAUUACAAAAGUUUUGAAAAUGCCAUUGCCCCCAAUGUUGCUCUGAUGCCUCUGUCCCAUCAGAAGGUGGGUCCACACUCGCCAUCAUCUUCAAGAAUUUCUCAAAGCAAAAGUGGUGGUUGUGAUGGUCACAUCAAUGGCAGUUGUGCUGGCAACAGCAGCAGCACCAACAGCAGCACCAGCAAUAGUGAUGGCAAAGGGAGAAAGCAAAGACUAACUGGAGAGACAUUUUCUUCACCAGAGCCCCAGAGCACUAUUAGCAACAGCAUCACUUUGCAGGAGCACAAAGACUCCGAAGGGGAGAUUGAAGUGGAAAACCGUGAUGAGUUCAUGUCCUCCAUAUCGUCCCUUUCUUCACCAUCAUUUACAUCGUCUAGUUCUGCUAAGGAUCUUAGUUCUCCUGGUACUCAGGUCCAGAGUCAUGCAGCUAACCUUUUUGAAAACUCCACUGCUACCAGUGACACCCCUGGCAUCGGCUUGGAGUCUGAGCUGGAGUCACUGCGACAAGCUUUAGAUGGUGGUCUAGACACCAAAGAGGCCAAGGAGAAAUUCCUCCAUGAAAUCAUCAAAAUGAAAGUGAAGCAGGAUGAGAAGCUCAGCACUGCCUUGCAAGCAAAGAGAAGCCUGCAGCAGGAACUGGAGUUCUUACGGGUUGCUAAGAAAGAGAAGCUGAGAGAAGCAACAGAGGCUAAACGCAACCUAAGGAAAGAAAUAGAGCGGCUGCGGGCAGAAAAUGAGAAAAAGUUUAAGGAGGCCAAUGAGUCUCGGAUACGACUUAAACGGGAGCUGGAGCAAGCUAGACAGCUGCGUGUGUGUGACAAGGGCUGUGAGGCUGGAAGGCUACGUACAAAAUAUGCGGCUCAGAUUGAAGACCUACAACUUAAAUUACAGCAUGCUGAAGCAGAUCGUGAGCAGCUAAGAGAGAACUUGCUGCAGGAGAGGGAAGCACGGGAGCACUUGGAGAAGGUGGUCAGGGAACUACAGGAGCAGCUGUGGCCCAAGUCCAGCUGCACAGACACAACAGCCAAGGAUUUAGAGAAAUAAUGCAGUAUGAAUCCCUAGGAACAUGUGUGAGCAAAGAAGGAAAAUGCAGAUUCAUGAGACACACAAAUGUGUGCAUAGUGUGGACGCAUGCAAUGCAAAGCAUUGGGAAAUAAGAUUGUUACUAACAAAAAGCACUGAAAUGCUUUUCUAAUUUAAGUACCUAAAACAAAGACAAGAAACUAUAAAGAAAUAGCACAAGCUGCUUGUUCUAACUAUUUUAACCUGAGACAGAAUUUUGGAUACCAACUUUUUUUUUACCUUAAUAGUAACAAACACGAACAUCGUGGAAAGGAUUACCAUUUGUUUUCAGCAGUAAUAGUAGUUGGCUGGUCUGAGACUUUUUUUUUUUUUUCUGGCUUUUUCCGUUCUUUGGAUUUUUUCCUAUUCUUGGGACACUUUGAUAACUUCAUUUUAAAAUAAGCUAUAUCAAAAACAACAUAAGAUAUUGAAGAUAAUUAAAAAAAAAAGUGUUGUACACACAUAAUGAAACAACAAGUUUGUAGGAAAGUGUAUGAGCUAGCAUACCUGGCUAUGACAACUUGAAAAUGUGAACAUUUCAGUUGGAUCCACAUGUUCACAGCAGAUCAGCAGACAGGGCUUCAAGGCAUCUAAUUUUGAGUUCUUAUUUAUGUCUCGUUCAUUUUGUGAAAACAUGAAGAAGAGAGGGAAAGGAGACAUGUAAUUUUCUGGCCUUACUCUUUUUCGAACUGGAAAAAAAACUACUUGGAAAUAAAAACAUGGCACAGUUUGUAUUCUGUUUCAUGUUUGACUGAUGUGCUCUGGGCACCCUUUCACUGAUUGAGCACUUCAGUUCCUGGGUUUGUAUAAGAACUAUGAUAUUUGUCCAAGAAAUUACUUGCAAAAAUAUAUACAUAAAAAGUAUACACACACACACACAGAUAUAUAUAUAUAUAUAUAUAUAU